GGAAAUGAUGCGGAAAGUGUGUCGGAACCUAUCUGGUGCUGGAAGAUCAGUUCUUCUUAACAGAAUCAGAGAUUCAAGAAGGCAAAUAAGCAUGGCUAGACCUACGGAUAAUGGCGGGGAUCAAGGAACUGGAGGUCAAACUAACUGGUACACUCGGUAUCUGAUCCUGGGACCUGCAGGGGCUACUGGCGCUGUGCUGACUGGGAAGGAUGAUGAGGAAAAUGAACUGUUAGAGGCAGAAGACUUGGAGUUCGAGAUAGCUCAGGCGGGUGAAAGCAAGUUCAGGAAGACUCGGUUAUUUAAACACUUUUGUUCUUUUGCUUCCAUCAAAUACAAAACAGAGAUGUAUAUGACAGCAGACGACUUCUUUACUGCUAGUAAGGGAACAUUUUAAAUUUGAGUUAAACUUGGUUCCUAAACGGUCAGAUAACUCAUUUAUAUUUAAACAACGUCUUGAAAUACA